AUGGACCAGCUACCCUUGUCUCCUGAGAACCGCCGAAGAUCUUCCAUCUCCACCAUUGACUGCAGUGAUGAGAUCCAGAUCAAUGGGAUGCAAUGCCACGCAGACAACUGCUCUUUCAAAAGAGGCAACAGUAGCAAAAGUUUCCAUAGCUUUGGGAGAAAUCACAGGAUUCCCAAGCCAAGCUAUAAAAAUGAGGGGUUAUUUGAGGUUUGCAUUAACAAGCUCCUCUUAGAACCUCUCUAUCUGGGAGUUGAUCCACAUGAUCAUCAAGUCAAGGUCCAUGAGAAGGAUCAAAUGAAAGACCUGAACACACAGUUUGCUAGCUUCAUUGACAAGGUCAGAAGCCUGGAGCAAAAAAACAGGAUACUGGCAACCAAGUGGGAACUGCUGCAAAGCCAGAAGAUGCCAAUGGUUAAGAAAGACUUGAGCACUCUGUUCGACAACUACAUCAUUAACCUGAGGAAAAAAAAUGAUUAUGUAUUGAAAGAAAAGAAUAAAUUGGAAAACCAGCAGAGAAUAAUGCAGGAGCUGAUUGAGGAGUACCAAACCAAAUAUAAAGAGGAGAGUAAUAGAAAAGAACAUUUAGAGAAUGAGUUUAUCCUGCUCAAACAGCAAGUAGAUAAUGAAUUUAAACAACAGAAGGAACUGGAAUUGAAGAAGGAGUUGUUGAUGGAGAAUAAAGAGUUCCUGAAAUAUUUUUUUAUGGAGGAACGUGCUAUGUUGAAUUGCCAUCCCUCUGGCACAGCUGUGGUGCUCAAUAUGGACAACAGCAGAGGUUUGGACAUGGACAUCCUCAUCAAGAACAUUGAUACUUGGUAUCAGAGCAUUGCCCAGAGAAGCAAGGAAGAAGCUAACCUUUUUUAUCAAAACCAGAUUGAAGAUCUUCAGAACAAAAAAUGCCAGUACAAUGAAAGCCUGCAAAAAACCAAUGAUGAAAUUAAUGAGUUGAACCGAGUCAUCCAUUUGAUGCAGUGCAAACUAGAUGCUGAGAAGAAAAAGACGGCUGCUUUCCAAAUAGCCAUUGGGGAUAUUGAACAUAAAGGAGACUGUGCGCUAAAAGACGCCCGAGCAAAGCAAACGGAUCUUCAGAAUCGCAUACAGAAUUCCAAGGAUCAAUUGGCUGUCAUCUUACGGGAUUACCAAGACCUCAUGAAUACCAAAUUGGCCCUGGAUAUUGAGAUUGCAACAUACAAUACAAUGCUGGAAGGAGAAGAGAACAGGUGA